AUGAAUCGACUAUUGGCGGCGCUGCACGUCCUGGACGCGGCGCUGGGGCUCGCGCUCAUCCUGGUCGUGAGUAUGACAUCCGACGGGGUGCCGGUGAGCUGGUUGUCUGUCAUCAUCCUGGACGGCGUAGUAGCCCUGGCCAUGUUCGGGGAGCUGCCACUACCCCCCUGCGCGUACGCCCUGCGAGUGCUCUGGGUCGGGAUGUGUCACUUCCUGGAGAUGUCGUUGAGACGCCUGGACUCAGGAGUGUUGACAUAUGGGGGAGCCGUGCUGGUAGCGUCGUCCCUUAUGACGACGCAUCUGCCGCAUGUCUUGCGCGUGUAA